AUGGAGGACCACCUGAGAAAAAUGAACCAGUUUUCUUCGGACACAUCUAAUGACUUCACAGAUGGACUGCAAGAAAUGAAUCCAGUCCCAGGUAAAGCACAUGGCCACAGUCUGCUGUGUAACGUGUGCUCUGACUCCAGCAGUGGAAAACAUUAUGGCAUCUACACGUGCAAUGGCUGCAGCGGCUUCUUCAAGCGCAGUGUAAGACGAAGAAUCAUCUACAGGUGUCAGGCUGGAACAGGCAGGUGCCCUGUAGACAAGGCUCAUCGAAACCAAUGUCAAGCUUGUCGAUUGAAGAAAUGUCUCCAAGCUGGCAUGAACAAAGAUGACUGUUUUCAUAAGAUAUAUUUAAUUGUCUUUUCUCCAGCUGUGCAGAAUGAGCGACAGCCUCGGAGCACAGCCCAUGUGAGUCUAGACUCUCUAAGUGACCCUAAAAGAGAGCAUCUGGCCACCACACAGGAGCUCACUUCCUCUGCUAGCUACGCAUCAGUCAUCUGCAGACCCCUGGUCACUUCCUCUGUCCCCUCCUCUGCCGCCAUGCAGCCCUGCAGCAACCCCAACAACUACCAGCGCUUUAUGGCCAGCCUGCUGACUGCAGAGACCUGUGCAAAACUGGAGCCCCAGAAUGCGGAGGAGAAUAUUGAUGUCACAACCAAUGAUUCAAAAAGAGAUCGGACUCCCUCUGACUGUCGUAUGUCCCCGUACGCCUCCAGCAGCAGCUGCUCAGAGAGUAUAUAUGAGACAUCAGCACGACUCCUCUUUAUGUCUGUCAAGUGGGCAAAGAAUUUGGCAGUUUUUGCUCACUUGCCAUUUCGAGACCAGGUGAUUCUGCUUGAGGAAGCUUGGAGUGAGAUGUUCCUCUUGUGUGCCAUCCAGUGGUCCCUGCCCAUGGACAGCUGUCCUCUUCUGUCUCUGCCAGAUCUUUCUCCCACACAUCAGGCCAAGACCAGCCUGCCCAGAGUUGACCUGCGUGUCAUUGAAGAGGUCUUUAAUCGCUUUAAGGCCCUGGCUGUUGACCCCACUGAGUUUGCUUGCCUGAAAGCCAUUGUACUCUUCAAGCCAGAGACAAACAGCCUCAAAGACCCGGAGCAGGUGGAGAAUCUGCAGGACCAGUCACAGGUGUUACUAGGUCAGCACAUCCAUUCACUAUACCCCAGCCAAAGUACCAGGUUUGGGAGACUAAUACUUCUGCUGCCAUCGCUCCACUCUGUGAGCUCGGAGAAAAUAGAGCAGCUGUUCUUUCACAGGAUCAUCGGCAACACACCCAUGGAGAAACUGCUGUGUGACAUGUUCAAAAACUAA